AUGGACGUGGACGACGUGGACACACCUGGAGAAGACGCUCGUGUACGGUGGCCGAGAAGAAAAUACACAGAACUGUAUGCACCCAUUAUAGUAGAGGAUUCAGAGACCUCCGGAGACAGUGAUGCUGUCACUCAUGAUAAUUCAGAGGAUCCAGAGAUAGAACAGAGAUCCAUUUCAGAAGUGAUUGCAAACCUGGCACUCCUGAUUGAUCGCCAUGCAGUCAGCAGAUUUCACAUUUGCCGCUCUGACAUCUGGGAUGGUGCCGUCAGAGGAUUCAAAAGAGGAACAUUCUCUGAAAAGAAGGACCUCCUAGUAAAGUUUUCUGAUGAUGCAGGCAUGUUUGAGGAAGGUAUUGAUACAGGUGGCCCAAAAAGAGAAUUCCUCUCACUCCUGAUGAAAAGCCUGAACAAACGACCCAUAUUUGAUGGACCUGCAGAGAGCCGCUACCUUGUCUACAACUCAACAGCAAUCAGAGAGGAUGAAUAUAGUUUGGCAGGAAAGAUGAUUGCUGUAUCCAUAGUACAUGGAGGACCUGGUCCAAAUUUCCUCUCAAAGGAUCUGGUCAGCUACAUCUCAGGGCAGUCCAGUUUCAACUCAUCUAUAGGAGACAUUACAGAUGAGGAAAUAGGGAAAGUGUUACGAAAGAUACACAAUGAAUCCUCAUUGGAGACCCUGCGAGACCUAAUGAUACAGAACAGCACCAUGUUGCAGACAGCAGGGUGCUUCAAACAUGUAAGGUCAGUGGAGGAAAAGCAGUCGAUUGUAAAGGAGUACCUCAGGUGGUACAUCAUUGACAGAAACCACAGUGCAAUCGAAAGAUUCAAGGAUGGGCUUUCCAGCUUGCAGGUGUUAACAGUGCUGCAGCAGCAUCCUGAAGUCCUGACACCUGUUCUCUGCCUGUCAGAUAAAAAGUUAUCUGCUACGGACAUUGAGAAUAUCUUCCGACCAGAGCUAAGUCUGCGUAGCAACAAGAGGCUACAGGAGGAAAAAACACUAUCUUUCUGGGCAGACUACCUUCUUGAUUGUGAAGAAAGUCAAAGUGAAGUAACCCUGGAGGAGGUCUUCAUGUUUGCUACAGGUGUACCAUGCAUACCUCCUGCUGGUAUGGGAACCUCAGCCACGCCUGCACUUCCUCCGCCAGUCCAGCUUCUCUAUGGCAAAUACAUGUGCCAAUACUUUAAUGUUGCCACUCCUGGAAAACUACAACACCUUUAA